UCUUCUCCCCAGAUUGUCAAGCAUUGAUUUUCUUUUUUUUUUCGGGAAAAAGAAAAUCAAGGGAUUGUGAUUUUUUGUGAGAAAGAGAGUUAGUAAGAGAACGUCUCCGCGAAGAAGAGCUAUAAAAGCAACUACAUUUAUUUUACCGUAGUUGCUGGUAGAGAUGGGGUGAGAAAGAAAGAAGAGCAAUGCGGAAACCACGGGGCCGAGCGAUUCGGCGGCAUGAGGCAUCGUCAGAGUCAUCGCCACGUGCAACGACGAAGUCGGCCGUGAGGAAGACGAGGCUGAGCCGGCGCCGGCUCGCGGCAGCGGCAGUCGCCGCCACUCGGCCGUCGCCGUCGCGCCAGCCGGGGCAAUGAGAGCCGACCUCGGCCGCCGCAGCAUCGCCAAUCUCCGACGGACCGCUGGCCGCGCGACCCUGCGCAGCGCGCGCUGACUCGUCCCUCCCGGGCCCACUGCACGCCUCGACCCCUCGGGCCUGCGCAGCUGCCGACAGGCGCGCGUGAGAGGAUGAUGCCGCCGUACGACGAGAGCCUCGUCUGGCUGCUGGUGCUGGGCUUCUUGGUGGCGUUCGUGCUGGCCUUCGGCAUCGGCGCCAACGACGUGGCCAACAGCUUCGGCACCAGCGUCGGCGCCGGUGUGCUCACUAUUUUCCAAGCCUGCUGCCUCGCCACCUUCUUCGAGGUCGCCGGCGCCGUCCUCAUCGGUUACAAGGUGUCGGACACGAUGCGCAAGGGCAUACUGGACGUCUCGCUGUACGAGAACCACGAGAAGGAGCUGAUGCUGGGCGCACUAUCGAGCCUUAUAGGCUCGGCCAUUUGGCUGCUACUCGCCACGGCUUUCAAACUGCCGAUAUCCGGCACGCACUCGAUCGUCGGUGCUACCGUCGGUUUCUCGCUCGUCUGCCGUGGCACCGCUGGGGUCAAGUGGAUGGCUCUGUUGAACAUAGCAGCCUCGUGGUUCGCGAGUCCAGUGCUCAGUGGAAUAGUCUCGUCAUCGAUAUUCUGGCUGAUUCGCAAGUCGAUCUUGCGCUCGACGAAACCACUCGAUCAGGGCCUCAAGAUGUUACCGUUAGCCUACAGUCUCACCAUCGCCAUCAAUAUACUGUCCAUUGCUCACGACGGGCCUAAGUUGCUGAAACUGGACAAGCUACCCUGGUGGAUAAGCGUAACAGCUUCGAUGAUCACCGGCGUGGUAUCGGCUACGGUGGUCUACUUGGUGGUGGUGCCAUGGCAGCGCCGGCGCAUAAUGCUGUCUCACAGCGUGGCGAACAACGGGCGAAUAGCCGAUAUCGACCUGCAGUCAGCGGCGAGCGACGGCAACAACGAUUGCAAGGAGACUACCGCCCUGUCGGUCAUCUCGCCCUCCAACGUUAAUGGCAACUCCGUUCGCAACGACGCCUGCAGAGCUCACUUGGACGAGGCGGCGCUGCCCGGCGCGAAAGGCCAGCUGCGCGGCAACAACAGCGCGAGCCCGCUGCUAUUGUCGGCGGCCGGCGGCGAUCCCGAGUCGGUCCGCGAUCUGGACGAGGCGGCGUUGAUGGACGCCGAGCAUCCGGACGUCUCCAAGCUGUUCGCCUUCCUGCAAGUGCUCACCGCCGCGUUCGGCAGCUUCGCUCACGGGGGCAACGACGUCAGCAACGCCAUCGGGCCGCUGAUCGCGCUCUGGGCUAUCUACGCCGAAGGCUCGGCAAUGCAGAAGGCCGAGACGCCGCUUCUGAUUCUACUCUACGGCGGCUUGGGCAUUUCCACUGGCUUGUGGAUCUGGGGUAGACGUGUUAUUGAAACGCUAGGAAGUGAUUUGGCCAAGAUUACGCCCACUACGGGCUUCACCAUCGAGGUCGGCGCAGCGUUGACGGUACUGAUGGCGAGCAAAGCAGGAUUGCCAGUAUCGACGACGCACUGUAAAGUGGGCUCGGUCGUUUGCGUUGGUUGGGCCUCACAGGGCAGCAAAAGCGUAAGCUGGGCGCUGUUUCGUAAUAUCGCGUUCGCUUGGCUCGUUACCGUGCCCAUUGCCGGCCUACUCUCUGCCAGCUGCAUGGCCAUUUUCCGACAGUUCAUCGAUGUCUGAUGAGCUUUUCUGACGAUUAUAUGGAGAUGGGUGCUUCAUUUCUCUUUUAUCAAUCGUCAAUGUGUACAUUUUUUCGUAUAGUUAAUGAAAGCGCAAGCUUCUUUUUUUUUUUCUUUUCUUUCUCUUUAUAACGGAUGCAAACAAAUGCUUGCUGACGUAUAAACCAGAUUGAUGACGCUGUCGCAUCUUAAUUUACAAUGUAAAUGAUUUUUUUUUUCGAAAUAUAGCGAUUAUCAGGAAUAGUAUUUUGAUUUUCUUCGCGUAUACUUAUAACACCCAUCUCCGGCAGUUAUUUUUUUCUAUAUUUGUAACUGCUGAAGAAUUAGGCGCAAACAUUCACACAACAAAAAAACACAAAAGUGUAGAUCACGCAGUGCGUCAAAGUUUACUAAUAAUAAUAAUUGAACCUUUGUCGACGAAGGAAGAUCUUUAUAUUAGGUGCAUCGCGAUUUAUUGAUGAUGAGCGAUAUUUCAUUUUUUUACCUAUUCUUUUGUUCGAAAAUAUCGAUUGUAAAAGAUUGGCGUCAAGUGAAAUGAUUUUUUGAUUACUUUUCUACGUUGCUUCUUUUCAUGGGCACGACACGAAAAAAAAAAAAAGAAAAAAUAUAUAUAAUAAAAUACAAGAAAAAAUACAACAGACUUGUUUUUGCUUUGAAAGAACUGUGAUUAAAGAAGGAUCCGUCGAAACAAAAUAAACAAAUCACAAGUAAUACAAAAACAUUCUGUUGUUUGUUUGCUUGAGAAAGCUUCGUAAUCAAUAAUGAAACAUUACAAAACACUAAAGUCUAAACAUUAGACAGCAUGUAAAUGCAAUAGAUUUAAUUAGUUUCUUGAGCUUACGUGUUAUACUUUUUACGACUUACCGACUAAGUAAGAUAUUUACCAUAUAAAUAUAUACCGUAGGGUUCAGUUCUUUCGCUGAAUUCCAUUCUCUGUCAAUAAAAAGUCGAUGCAUCUGAAGAAACAAAAAAUUAAAACACGUUUACUCUUAAAUUCUAAUUGUUAUUUAGACAUGCGCGCGUGCGUUGCUGCUGUCAUAACGACGAGACAAGAAUGGUCGAUAUUUGGUUGUUAUAGUGAUGAUUAUAAACAGCGGCUAGGGGAAUUAAAAAAUUGGUGUGCAUGUGUGCUUUCUGUCAGCCACGUUUUAUUACUUUUUUCUAUUCAAUAAAAAGUGCUUUCUAUACAUAGUGCGAUUAUAAUAUAUUACCGUCGUUUACGGUAUUCAGGUUAUAAAUACAAUCCUAUCAUUCAUCUGUUUUUUUAAUAAUGGAGAGUUUACCGCUGCUACCAGGAUACAUUUUUUCAGAUACAGAUCCUCUGGUAGGUUGAUUUUUUCCCUUCGUUUAUUUGUUGAACGGAAACUAGAAUACAUUGUUAUGUUAUAUAUUGUUGUUCCAAAGAAGUACAAGUCAGCCACAUUGUUGAAGGAAUGAGGUUGAAAUGAAUUGUAAAUCGAGGAUUUGAAGCGUAGAAGAUUAUUUUAUUUGUCAGGAUGAAGUCGUGAUACAAGUUUUUUUUUUAUUUUUCUCUAAUUUCAUCGUUGCUCGUAUUACUAUACCAAAAUUAGAUUAGUUAUGGGCAAAAUAUUUUAUUUCGGCACAAUUAAUGAAUUGAAAAAAGGACGAUUAAUGAAAAAAUACAGUUAAUCGAAUUAAUGACAAAAUAAGAAAAAAUCAAUUAACGUUAACUGUUCAAGUGAUAUAACUAACAUUUACGUCAGACACGCAGUCCAAUAAAAUAUAGAUAAUUGAAUCAUAAAAGAAAAUUGGUAUUCUAGUUUUAAGGAUUUAACGAUCGACGUGUGAUAAUAAAAAGAUAAAGGGUGAAUUUCACAGCUGAAGGAUUACAAAGUGAAACAAAAGCUGAAAUACUCGAACGGCUUGCCAGUGAUAAGGGACGACUUGAAUCCUGAUGAUGUCAAGUGCAACGCAAUGUUCGUCGAGUAAGUUAACAAAAAUUUGCUUCUUUUUCUCUUACUAAUAAUAAUAAAUUGGAAGCAGUAGACUGCAUUGAAGAGUUUCUAUGCCUCCUUGAAGAAUUUAAUAGACAAGCAAAAUUUAAAUAAUAGUUAAACAGAGUUAAAACCAAGAAUAAUAUUAGUGUAAUAAAAGCAGCCUCUAAAUAUGUAGUUCUACUUAAGUGUGCAAAAAAACAUUGAUGUGGAACUUAAACGCAAAAAAUAAGUGCAGUUAUAUAGGCCAUGUGUAAUUCGCUCUUUAGUAUGUUACAUCACGACACACACAUGCUCUAUAUAUAUAAAUAUAUUUUUAACGGGAAAUUCUGAAUAUUUUUGUCACACAUACACGUAUACAUAAACCAGCAACAACAGAAAUGUGUAUUAUAUAAUUAUUUUGAUAAUGAUUCACUAAAUGACAUUUACAAAAAAAAAUGGCGGUCGACAUAUUGUAUUUUAAUUUAAAAGCAAAUUAUGUAUUUCACAAUUUUGUAACAAUUACAUUUAAUAAAUCGUGCCAAUUUCAACUUUUUCGAAUAUACAUACAUUUUCUCUUUUCGCUCUCAUGGCUCGCUUCAUCGGCAUUCAAUUUCUCUCCUUUUGUUCGUUUUGUCGCGUAGACGAAAUAGAAAGCGAUGCAUUUCUUUUUUUGCUGUCAGUGUAAGGUAUAACGCCGUUUAAUAAAAAAUCGAUGCAGUCGUGCAGUUGGAAAUACAUUGUGUUACUUAUAGACAGACACGUGUUUCGAUGACAUUGAAAUCAGCUUACCUUUUCUUAUUUUGUUCACGCAUUCGACCGUUUCAAACAAAAAAAAACAAUAAGGCACAUCCCCGAGUUAACAUACGGUCGUCCACG